CUAACACCCGCUCCGCUCAUCAUGCCCGCGUCUUCCCUCGCCGCUCGCGUCUCCCUCCCCUUCGCGCUCUCCAAGCGCGCGAAGGCGCCCGUCUCCCGCCGAAGCGCGUCCGUCCGUGCGAGCGCGGCUCUGAACCACAAGGGUCGGACGGCGCUGACGGGGAUUCUACGCGUCCCGCAAGAAAAAGAAUCCGAGGUAGACGCGAUGUGGCGUUCGCACGAGGUCAUGAUGCAGAAGACGCACAAGGUGUACGACGGCGAGCUCGAGGACGACUUCACCGACGGGCCGCGCCUUCUCGAGUUUUACGUCAGCAAGGCUGUCGAGAAGACGAACCCGCUCGACCCCGCGUCGCCCGACAGCGGCCACAUCCUGUACUGCGUCAACGAGAAGUACGUCGCCCCCGAGGGCCUCGCCGAGCACAUGCGCGUCGGCGCCGAGCAGUGGGACCAGUUCCCGAAGCUGAUGGAAUUCAUCCGCGAUUACUCCCCGUUCAUGACGACGAACGGCGAGAUCUUCACCAACUACGUCGACCGCGCGCCCGCGUGCACCGCGCGCAAGGGCGACACGACGAUCAACCUGGGGUUCGUCGUCCCGCAGAGCAUGGAGAGGACGGUGGACGCGCUGUGGAAGUCGCACGAGGAGUUCAUGCGCGAGACGCACGACUUCGGAGAGGGACCGACGAACGACCCGACGCGCCCCAGGCUGACGCAGUUCACGAUCACGAAAGCGCGCGAGCUCGUGAACCCGAUGGACCCGACCGAGGGGUUCACCGGGAACCUGCAGUACUCGAUGCAAGAGACGUACGCGUCCAAGGACGGCAUCGCGAAGCACAUGGCCUUCAACGACCCCAAGUCCGGGUACGCCGCGCUCUUCGAGGCGCUGAUGCCGCUGCUUGAGGAGCCGUACGUUCGGUACGCGGACGUCGGACAGGGCGUCGUGAUCACGUCCAUGCAGAAGGGCGGGUUCAACUCGAACAUCGUCGGCGGGUUUAAGGAGCUGCUCGACAAGGUGUUGCCGCGCCGGGCGCCGCACGAGGAGUACUGCGAGGAGUACUGCCCGGAGACGUGGUGAAGAGGCGUCGAGUGUGAAAGCGCGCGCGUACGAAGAGUAAAACAAGUAUAAUAAGAUAAAGACCAUGUGUUACA